AUGACUUAUAAACUUUACGUUGGGUCUAAGUAUAAGUACUCGCUUAUACUUAUUAUUGUAUUUGUUACAAUAUUCAUUACUGUCAAUUAUGCGUCUCCAACUUAUGAACUAAAGAGUCAAAUUGAAGAGCCGAAAAACGAUCCGCCAAAAGAAGAACCGAAAAAUGAUCCACCAAAAGAGGAACCAAAAAACGAUCCGCCAAAAGAAGAACCGAAAAAUGAUCCACCAAAAGAGGAACCGAAAAACGAUCCGCCAAAAGAAGAACCGAAAAAUGAUCCACCAAAAGAAGAACCGAAAAAUGAUCCACCAAAUAAUGGAAAUGGACAACCACCAAACAACGGGGAUGGUCAACCACCAAACAAUGGUGAUGGGCAACCACCAAACAACGGGAAUGGACAACCGCCAAACAAUGGGGAUGGACAACCACCAAACAAUGGAAAUGGUCAACCGCCAAACAACGGGGAUGGACAACCGCCAAACAACGGGAAUGGACAACCGCCAAACAAUGGGGAUGGACAACCACCAAAUAAUGGAAAUGGACAACCGCCAAACAACGGGGAUGGACAACCGCCAAACAAUGGAAAUGGACAACCACCAAACAACGGUGAUGGACAACCGCCAAAUAAUGGAAAUGGUCAACCACCAAACAACG